GUAGAAGUAACUUUGUUGGCAGCAAAAUAAUGCGUAAAUAUGGAAGUUAAGGAUUUCUGCAACUCUAUGUAGGAUUUAUGUAUGUAGGUGAAAUUUAUAAACAAACCAAUUAAUUGUACUAAUUAUGGCUAGCGCAGCGGCUGAUGUUCUCAUCAAAAAGGGGAAGAGAGUUACUGCUGCGUAUAUACAAGGUGUUUGUACCUCUCAGAGCAACACGGAUAUUAUGAAUGAAGUUUUUGACACAAUUUUAAAUCCUUUAGUCCCUAUAAGUGAAUGGGAAACGAUUGAUUGGUGUCGUUGGUUAAUGGGUGGUGGUAGAUCCCCCGAAGAAUUUGCCCAGACAGUGAGAAAAUAUGACAGUGCUACAACUUGUGGAUAUGUCUGGACUGCUAAUUUUGUUGCAUAUCGAUGUCGCACUUGUGGUAUUUCCCCUUGCAUGUCACUGUGUUCUGAUUGUUUCCAAAAGGGAGAUCAUCGCAACCAUGAUUUUAAUAUGUUUAGAAGUCUGGCUGGUGGAGCUUGCGAUUGUGGCGAUAAAAGUGUCAUGAAAGAAUCUGGUUUUUGCCAAAGACAUGGAUUACAAAACCAAAUAAAUAAACCUGAAAUCCCUCCAGACCUGUUGUGUGUUGCAGAAGUUUUUAUGCCUCGUUUGUUUUUGCGACUUGUUCGAGAUCUCAGGGAAAAUAGCGAACCUGCUUCUUCAGAUCGCUAUCUUUCUUCAAUACAUUAUGCAGAUGGAUUUUUAUCCCUUUUGCAAUCUUUUAGUGAAAUGGGUGCUGCUAUGAAAAGUAUUAUGACCAGUGCUCUCAUAAAUCCAAAGGGUUAUUAUUCCUUGGCAGUUGAUUGUGUGUCAGGAACCUCACGUCUUUAUGAUUAUAAGAUGGAGAACUUGACUGCAUAUUUGGAUGCUAGACGAAGUUUAGAAGAUUCAAGUGAAGACCUAGUAACUGGUGAAGAUGGGCGAGGCCGUUCAUCUUGGUGCGAUGUUGAUAGUUUGAAAGAGUCCUGUUUCUUAGAUGAACUAGUAUUUUGGACGAUUAAAUUUGAGUUUCCUCAGAAGUUAGUCUGUUUGCUUCUUAACUUGAUGCCUGAUCUUACUUACAAGCAAGCAUUUACAAAGAUUUUUGUGAAUCACUAUGGAAGAAUCAACAAAAUGCUUGCAGAAUCCAAGGACUCUGAUACUCUUUCCAACAGAGUUGUGCAUGUGAGUGUACAGUUAUUUAGCAAUGAAGAUCUGGCCUAUCAAAUGACUAAAGAGUACAGACUCCUUCAUGUAAUGGUUGACAGCUUGUACCGUAUGAUGCAUUCAAUUGCACAGAAAAGUACUCUCCAGUGUGCUGAAAAGAACCAUCAUUUUGUAGUUGAUUGCAGUCAUCACAUAAUGAAAGAACAUUGUUAUUGGCCGUUAAUCAGUGACCUUAAUAAUGUUCUUACCCAUAGUGCUGUUGCGUAUGAGUUUAUUAGUGAUACUACGCUACUCUCAUGGUGGUUUAAGUUUUUGUCUUUACUUCAAGGUAUGAAUGUUAAUAAUCGUGAAUUGAAAUCACACGUUGAAUUUGAAUCUAAUACUUACUACGCUGCUUUUUCUGCUGAACUGGAAAGUUCUGCAACACCAAUGUGGGCUUUGAUUUCCCACCUUAAAAAUCCAGAUGCUUUAGAUCGCACCAAAACAGUGCUUGAAAUUUGUACUAGAGCUCUUCAUGAUUGGUUUCAAGCUAUUGGCUUUUCUGUUGGAGAUGAGAUCAAUCCAUAUCAAGUAUCAUUCCACAUUCCCUUACAUCGAUGCUUUGCAUCAUUUCUUGGGGAAGCAGUGAGAGAGCAGGGUGGCUCAUUGGAUGAACUUCUUCCUGAUGAGAAAUUUCUAAAGUUACUGAUGAUGCAUCCUCUCCAAGCACAAGUUGCUUUCCAUGAGAUUUUGUGCAACAUGUGGGUCCGCAGUGGAUUACAGAUCAAAGGCCAGGCGAUGACCUACAUUCAGUGCCAUUUCUGUGUUUCGAUUGUUGAUGCUGAUUUGUUCAUUCUUCAGUUAUGUGCAAUGAAGUUAGAUCCUGACGAUUUUUUGAAAACAGUAAUGCAAAGAUUUCAUGUUUGGGAAUGGCUAACAUUUCAUCCCAGUCGGACUAACUCUUUUUUGGAAAGUGAUAAAGUGUUGCCUAUGCUAGAAGGAGCCCUUUCUUUUCUUGCUACCUUGCUUUCAAUUCAAACAAAUAUUGGUCAAACGGAAGAAGAAAUUAUUAGGCAAGAGAUGGUUUCAUUAUUGUGUAUGAGUGAUCGCACACACUCUCAACUCAUGGAUUUCUUACCUGAUCGAUCUGGUGAAACUACUCAAAACAAAAAUUUUGAAACCAUUCUUGGAAAGGUUGCUGAUUAUAAAGCGCCUAACUUUGAAACUGGUGGUGCAAUGCUUCAGGGAACAUUUGUGCCCAAACCUCACAUAUGGGAAGUAGAAUAUAAUCCUAUACAUGUUCUCUUGAGAUCAGUUCAUAGAAGAGAAUACCAGUCAUCUUUAGAUAGAUAUACUCAAUACUUAAAAAGUGUUCGCCAAUCUAACAAGAUUCCAAAUACUGCCAGGCCAUGGGCACCAUUUAGAAUACCUAAUCCAGUUUUUAAACAAUUUCAUGACCCUCGUAGAAUAUUGCAUUGCAAAACGAUGCAUGGUAUUAUUUUCACAAUUUUGCACAGAGCUGUGAAUGAUCCAGACAUACCUGAACAAGUUCUUCAGUUCUGCAUCUACCUUCUUGAUAUGGCAGUGAGGUUUCCAUCUACUGAAUCUCAAGAUAGUACCACCAGUGAAGACAGGAAAGAGGUGAAUGAUUUAAAAUACGAAGAAUGGUUUGAUAGCUCGAGAACUUUGGAUAAUGUAUCAAAAGUCAUCGAGCGCAUUGUAAUAACGGAGAAAGUGGAGAUGUCAAUGAGAAUGGUUGAGGAAAUGGAAGUAGAUGAAGAAAUGGAGGAAGACAUGGAUUUAAGCUUGAAUGGCAUUUAUACUGUUUAUGAUGUCCAUAGUCCUAUCAUAGAAGAAGAUCCCACAGAUCAGCCCACUCUUCCAUCCUCAGUCCCACAGCUUGCUCUACCAGCAGCUGCUGCUGCAGCAUCAGCGCUAAAUACUGUGACGUCAAACGAAGCACAAAUGCUUCCAUUUGAUCCAGAAUUAGCUGCAGUUCUUCAACCAAUUGUCUCACUUGCAACUCUAUCCUCAUCUCCUGGAUCUUCUGCAACUCAGGAGCCUAUUGUAUCGACUCCACAACCACUAGCACUUCCUGCAAGUAGCAACUCCUUCAAUAUGGCCUUAAUUCCUACUUCAGAAGGGCUGACAACGGUGCGACCAAAGUGUAUGAAACUAAAACAAGUUCCUGGGCGUACCCGAAUGUUACUCUCCGAUAAAGGUCUUCCAUUGGCUAUUGGUUCCUCAGACUGUGAUAGCUCUUCCAAGGAACAAAGAUACUUGCCUUUCUGCAACAAGAGAACUAUUAGUGUAAAUGAAAGUAUAGUUUCUCUUCUGCUACAGCUUCAUUCAAAAUUAUCUGAAAGACCCGAUUCUUACAAGGUAAAAGAGAGUCUUUCUGAGGUUAUCAGUUCUACAAUAGAUGACAUCGAUUCUAGAAUAGGAGAUGGAGCCAAAUUUGUGGAGAGACUUUUGGAUCACAUUGUUGCAUCCGGAAUAGAUAAAUUAUGUGCAGUUCAAUUGAUCAGACAAAAGUUAUGGCCUCAAAAAAUCGACGACUCUUCAUCUUCGACUUCAGACUCCUCAGUGGAUAAAGAAGAAAGGCGUCGGCGAGCUAAAGAACGCCAACAAAAACUUAUGGCUGAAUUUGCAUCAAAGCAAAAAGCUUUCAUGCAAAAAACAAUGGAAACAGAAGCUAAAGCGUCGACAUCUGCUCAAGCUGAUUCAAUUCCAGAUGUUAGAAAAGAAUUUGAAUGUGUCAUUUGUGGUCAGAUGUCUGCUUCUGAAGAAAACAGGCCAGUGGGAAUGGUGGUGCUUUUACAAGCCACAAGUGUUGUUGGUCAUUCUCACGAAGUUCCUGAUCGAAAAUUACCCUGUGAUGAUAAUGAAAUUUCAGAGCUACAAAGGGGAGAAAAUUUAUCUUCUUCCAUUAAAAAUCGAUUAGAUAUCUUGAUGAGAUAUUUUGAUAAUAGAUUUUGGCCAAUGGCAUUAAAUAUAGGUUGGGAAGGCGGAGUUCACGUGCAGUCCUGUGGUCAUUACCUGCAUAUUGACUGCCACAAAUCUUACAUGGUAUCUCUGAAGAGUCAAAAUCAGUUAUCAUCACGCUUACAAAACUUAGCUGUUGACCAAGGUGAAUAUUACUGCCCCCUGUGUCGACAGCUUGCAAAUUCCGUCAUACCCCUGAGGCCUAACUUCGAUAAAAGAGUUGCUAUUAUACAAUGUCCCGGUUCAACAUGGAGUGAAUUAGUUUCUGAAGUGUCUGAGUUUUUAGCCUCUCCCUUGUCAGAUGAAGAUUUAACUCUUCUAAAGAAAUACAUGGGUGGCAUUAUGGAAGACGUAACAAAUGCCACCUUACCUGUUUAUCGGUCACCAGCCUCCCCUAAUUCCAGCAGUCUCUUCUUAUUUGUGUGCUCAAUUGUAAGAACUAAUUUAGAAGUUGAACUUAUCCAGAAACGAAAAAUGGAGAUGGGGAAGAAAAAAUCUUGUUUUGUACCACUCUUCAAUGUACUGUCUCUGCACUCCAGUCUUCUUGCACAAACCAUAGACAAAAGUCAAGGAAUGGAUUAUGCAAUGAAAGUGUGGUAUGGUUUAACUGGUCAAAUGGCAUCAGAUCAUUAUUCGUUGACGUGUUUUCAGACGGAAGUGCCUCUUUUGCUUAGAGAUCCAAUUGCUUUACUAUUGCAAAUUGUUCUUAGUUUACCAAUGAAUUUUGACAAAGCAUAUUUUAAGUGCAUAGUUCAAGUUCUCUACAACUUCAUGUUCAUACAAGCACUGGUUAGAAUCAGCUGUAAAUUAAAUAGUACUCAACGAUAUGAAAUGAAGUCCAUAGCAUUAAAGAAAUUAAAGGAGUCUGAAGGUCAACUUCUAAGUCCUACAGAACCUGAGUCAUCUAUAUCUACUGAAGAAAUAUCAACCCAAAUGGAUUUACAAGUUCUCUUGGGCAACAUCAUAACACAUUUAGAGUCCAGCUGUCUAUAUUUAGAUGAUGAUGAGUUGAAAGCUAUGGAAAGUCCUUUAGAGACUUCCAUUGAUUGCUUAGAGAACUACAUUCAAGAAUUUUCUCUGCAUUUUCUGAAAGUUGCCUCUCUGUUGCAAUGCCAUCUGUUUGAUGAUGAAAUCAAACUGAAAAUUGGAAGUGCUCAACUACUUUGCCAAAUGGAGGAAAAAGAAUCAGAAUUCCAGUUAUACAGCAAGUUCCUUUGCCUGAAUGCUGCAUCAAGUGAAAUAAACACUGCUUGUUCCUGCAUUCAAUGGACUCUAAAAGACCAUGAAUCAUUAGUAAAAACCUGGUGUGAAGAUUAUAUGAAUUUCAUAAACAAAUCUGUGAUUGCUGCUAGAUCAUUGCAAUUAAAGAAGAUAACAUGGCAUCCACCAUCUUUGCUAAAACUACCCCACAACUACGAUGACAUCUUCAAAUUUUACUACAAGAGACCAUGUUCUGCUUGUCGCAGUGAUCCGAAAGAUCCCUCUCUGUGUCUAGUGUGUGGCACAAUGGUUUGCUUAAGAGAAAACUGUUGUCGUCAACAGUCUCAAUAUGAAGCAGUAACUCAUUCUGUUGCAUGUGGCGGAGGUACUGCAAUUUAUCUUGCCGUUAAUUCAUCUACUAUAAUUGUUAUUAGAGGAAAGCGAGCUUGUCUUUGGGGUUCUGUGUAUUUAGAUAAUUAUGGCGAAGAAGACAGAGACCUCAAGCGGGGUAAGCCUUUGUACCUCAGUACUGAGCGUUAUACCCUAUUGCAACAGCAAUGGAUUAACCACAGCUUUGAUCACACUAACAAAAGAUGGGUUUGGCAUAAAGACAAUCUAUAACAAUAAAUUUACUGUAAAUUUGUAAAUUUCUGUCCAAAAAAGAAUUUUGCUUUUUAGGGAAGUAAACUCCUUUUCAUUUUCAGUCGAAAAUGUUUUUACAUGAGCAAAACAUGCCAACAUGAGCUAUACUGAAAUUAACUUAUUUAGUAAACAUAAAACAAAAAAUACAAACCCUUUCUACAUUUGCUCAAAACAAAAGAGAACUAAUAAUUUAAAUAGACUGAAUGAAAGGGAAAGGUUUUUUGAAAUAGAUUGUACAUAAAUACAUCAUUUAUGAAUCUGUAUUCUUUUGUUGAAUUUGUUUAAUAAAUGUUUAUUUAUA